AUGGGGUCAGUGCAAAAAACCGUUCCGCCUGGUAUAAAAGAGCCCGCACUCAGUUGGAAACCUCAUCCCAGGCUUCAGAAGCUUCAGUCCAAGAGGUAAGCACUAGUGGGUUUAUAUUAAUUUGUGGCCUUGGGUUACGGUGGUUUUUGAGUAAAAUAAGGUGGUUCUAAGGCUUUUGGCUUUAGUUUCUUAUCAAAACUUCAAUUUUAAAAUAUUAUUUUUAUCAGAAAUUAAAAAUUUUAGUAUAAUUUACAACAUCAACUCUUUCUGUACUAAAAAACUAUCAUCAAGUACAACAUCUUCACUAUAUAAGCCUAAAACCCUCCUUUUCAGCCAUGAGUGCCAAAUUCCUUGUUGUCGCCACAUCGGCAGUUUCGGCCGUCUUCAUCCUCGGAGCCUUGAUCUCCGUCGGCAUGGUCUUCCAAGACAUCAACUCACUAUAUGAUGAGGUCAUGAUCGACAUGCGCGACUUCAAGUCCUCCGCCAACGACGCCUGGCACGGCAUGAUGGCCGUCUCCACCCCAGACGGAGAACCAAAAACCGAAACCUUUGCCAAACUGAUCGGCCGUAACAAACGUUCCACUCAAUGUGAAUGUGCCCGCAAAGCCAACAACUGUCCAGCCGGUCCACCAGGCCCAGCCGGAAAUCCAGGAGAGAAGGGAGACGAUGGACCAAACGGUGAGAACGGAAAGCCCGGAGCUCCAGGAAUCGCUCUUCUCGGCCCCAACAGAAAGGGAGGCUGCAUCACCUGCCCAGCCGGCAUUCCAGGUCGCCCAGGACCAAUCGGCAAAGUCGGACCAGCCGGCCAAACCGGUCUUCCAGGCCAAAAGGGAUACCCAGGAAACGAUGGCUUCCCAGGACCAUUGGGCCCACUCGGAGACGCCGGAGAACAAGGACCACCAGGAGAGCCAGGACCAGUCGGACAUCCCGGUAUGGACGGCCGCAAAGCCAUCUCUCCACCAGGACCAAAGGGAUCCGUUGGACUUGUUGGACCACGUGGACCAGCCGGAGAACGCGGAGAAGCUCCACAACCAGGAGAACAAGGAGAAGCCGGCCCAGAAGGUGCUCCAGGAACCCCAGGCAAAGACGGAACUCCAGGUAUUCCAGGUACCGUCGGUGCCCCAGGAUCAUCUGGCAAGGACGCCGAAUACUGCCCAUGCCCAACUCGCAGCAACGGUGGUGGCAGUGCUCCUGCUGGCCCAGCCAAGCCCGCCGCUCCAGCCUUGAACGCUGGUGCUGGACAACAAGGAGCCUACAAGAAGAAGAGACGUCUCAGAAACUAA